UGUUUCACCGAAUGUAAAGGUUAACGACUUGCUUUUCCCAAGACAGGUUUUCUCUUCCAUCUUUUUUCUUUUCUUCUUCUUUUUUUCUUCUUCUUCCUCCCCUUUCUUCAUCCCAGCAAAAAUGUUCCCAUUCUCAUUAAACUUUUUUGUGUUGUUACCAGUUUUCAGUUUAAACGCGAACCUUGGUUAAGUCACUAAAAACUGUGUGUUAGGCCAGCAUUCAAUGUUGCACCUUUUAAGGUUUACUUGAUUCCUUUUCCCAAUCACAGUCGACAAUCAUUAAUUUGUCAUCGAUUGUGUCUACGUGAAACCGUUCCAACGUGAUUCUUUCCUUACUCCAUGUUUUACUUGAUUAAACCGUGAUUACAUGUUCAACUGAAGUAGGUUGACUCCUUGUUGAUUAAAAAAGAUGAGACCCAAAACCAGUGACCCUCUGGUUGACAGUGAUACUGGGUUUACCUCGUACUCCAGUUGCUUGGCGUCAUCGAGAGCUUCACUUGCACAGCAAAUUUAAUGUCAUCACUUAUUACACAAUUCAUCAACUUUACCAUCGGUCAUCUCAUCGAGUCACCAUCAACACCAACAUCAAUACCCGAGUCACCAACAGUAUCAUCAUCCAAACCAUCAAAAUCAUCAUUUAAUUCAUCGCCAACAACAACAUCAACCUCAACAUUAUUCACAAAGUUAUCAUUCAUCACAACAAAAUAGCCAACAUCAUCAUCCUUCAUCAUCAAACCAACGCACUUCUUCACCAUCCGUAUUGACAACCUCAUCGGAUGAUCGUGAAGAGGUUCCAAUGGUUCGUCAUCAUCAUCAUUCUUCAUCUCGAAGACACAAUGGAGGAUCCGUUUACAGUACAACCAUUGAUCGACGUCGAUCAAAACAUCAUUCCCAAUCAAUUGUCCCUCGCUCAACCCUGGCCAGAGGUUCAAUUGUAAGCUAUGGACCGGGACCAAUGCGUAACUACCAAAGAACAGCCACAUUAAGAUCAACGCGAAGUUUUCCCGGUCUGGUAAUGGCUCAAGUGGGAACAUUUGACGGUGAACCCUGUCCAGUUCAUGGGUCAAAUCAUCACCUUCACCCAGGCCCUUAUCCUCCUCCUCCACCGACAGCUUCACUCACCAUGAACCCUCGUCACCUUUCAAUGGCCUCACAUCAUCCAAUUGUCAAUCCCUACGAACAUGCUGCUUCUUCAUCCCUAUUAGCUCAUCCUGUUCACAGUCAACCCAUGCUUACAGUUAAACGCUUUAACUCACUCUCUGAUCUUCGCCGUCCCUCACUUCAACCCUUGAUUGCUUACCCAGUCAAUGGAAGUGCACUCGGCUUAGGUCAACCUCAAGGUGCACCCACACCAAGCAAUUAUGAUUGUUCAGGCAAAUCAAUGGGCAAUAAACUUCCACUGCCAACUUAUGUAGGAACAAUGUUCCGCAAUAACAACGGAUCAACUUCAUUUGUACCUUCAGGUGCUUCAAUGAUGAUACCAGGCCAUGGACCUGCUCCCAUUGAGGCCAUUAAAAGUCACCUUGCCAAUCAAGCCAACCCGUUGAUCUAUGAUGAUACAGUUUGCUGUAAAGGUCACUUAAUUGUUUUAUGGAUAAUACUUACCGUUGUCACCAUUGGAGUCAUUUCAGGAAUCAUUUUAGGUGUAACUGCAAAUUAAGGCCAAUCUUUUGUGAUAACACUUUUUUACCAAUCUAUUUAUUUUUGUAUUUAAUAUUUGUAAAUGGAAAUGUAUAAAAACAAUAAUUUUAAUUUCAAUUGAAAUUUAAAAAUCUGUAAAA